AUGCCGCCACCACCACACAUCAAGCCUGAGAAUGUCCUCAAGAGGGCUCAGGAACUUAUCGCUGUCGGUCAGGCCCCCGCCGCUCUGACCGUCCUCCACGAACAUGUCACCUCCAAGCGUACUCGCAGCAGCCCGAUUGCUUCGCUCGAGCCGGUCAUGCUCCUCUUCGUUGAGUUGUGUGUCGACCUGCGCAAAGGAAAGGCUGCCAAGGAUGGCCUGUACCAGUACAAGAACAUCGCGCAGAACACAAAUGUCGGCACCAUCGAGGUCGUUCUCAAGAAGUUUAUCGAGCUCGCCGAACAGAAGGUCACUGAGGCCCAGGCCAAGGCCGACGAGAUUCAGUCCUCCCUUGAAUCUGCCGCCCCCUCCUCCACCAACGUUGACGACCUGGAAGCCAUCGAGACUCCCGAGACCAUCCUGUUGGCUACCGUCUCGGGCGAGCAAUCUCGUGAUCGCACUGACCGCGCCGUCGUCACUCCCUGGCUCAAGUUCCUGUGGGAGACCUACCGUACCGUCCUCGAGAUCCUGAAGAACAACGCCCGUCUCGAGAUCAUGUACCAGGCCACCGCCCUGCAGGCCUUCCAGUUCUGCCUCAAGUACACGCGCAAGACUGAGUUCCGCCGUCUUUGCGAGCUGCUGCGCAACCACGUCCAGAAUGCCGCCAAGUACUCCACCCAGAUGCAUGCUAUCAACCUGAGCGACCCGGAUACCCUGCAGCGCCACUUGGACACCCGUUUCCAGCAGCUGAAUGUUGCCGUUGAAUUGGAAUUGUGGCAGGAAGCCUUCCGUAGCAUUGAGGACAUCCACACUCUACUGAACCUGAGCAAGCGCCCGGCCAAGAACGUCAUGAUGGCUAACUACUACGAGAAGCUGGCUCGCAUCUUCCUCGUCAGCGAGAACUACCUCUUCCACGCUGCCGCCUGGAACCGGUACUACAACCUGCUUCGUCUCUCCACCGUCGCUCUGGCUACCGGUCAGAGCACCAAGAAGGAGAAUCCCUCUGUUACCGAGGCCGAUAUGACCAAGGCCGCUUCAUUCGUCCUCCUUUCCGCUCUGUCCAUCCCCGUCAUCAGCACCACCCGUUCCCGUGGCGCUCUGGUCGACGUUGAUGAGGCCCGCAAGAACAAGAACACCCGCCUCACCAACCUGCUGGGUAUGGCUCAACCUCCUUCCCGCCAGGUUCUGUUCCGGGAUGCCCUUAACAAGGGUCUGCUCAAGCGUGUUCGCCCUGAGAUCCGUGAUCUGUACAACAUCCUUGAGGUCGACUUCCACCCGCUCUCUAUCUGCAAGAAGAUCACCCCCAUCCUGGAGAAGAUCGGUGCCGACCCCGAGAUGGAGAAGUACGUUGUGCCUCUGCAGCAGGUUAUCCUGACCCGCCUGUUCCAGCAGCUGUCUCAGGUCUACGAGUCCGUUGAGCUCAAGUUCGUGUACGAGCUUGCCCAGUUCCCCGAUCCUUUCCAGAUCACCCCUGCCAUGAUCGAGAAGUUCAUCAUGAACGGUUGCAAGAAGGGUGAUCUUGCCAUCCGCGUGGACCACAUUUCUGGUGUCCUGACCUUCGACUCGGAUGUCUUCUCUUCGUCCAAGGCCAUGCACGCCGGUAGCGCUGCUGGCUCCGCUGAAAGCGAGUUUGGCUCCGUCCAGCGUCUUCAGCACACUCCUGCUGAGAUUGCUCGUUUCCAGGUUGCCCGCUUGGCCAAGACUCUCCACGUUACUUGCAUGUAUGUGGAUCCCUCGUACAACGAGGCUCGCCUCCAGGCCAAGCAGACCGCUCAGGCCCGCGCUCUGGCCGGCGCUGCCCAGGAGCACGAGGAGACCCUCGCUCGUCGCGUCAUCAUCGACAAGAAGAAGGAGGCUGCCACUGAUGCUCUCAACCGCAAGCAGCGCGAGGAGGAGACUCGCAAGCGCAUCCGUACCCAGCAACUCCAGGAGGCUGAGAAGCAGCGUCUUGCUGAUGAGCAGCGUGAGCGUGAACUCAAGCGCGUCAAGGAUGAGCAGGACCGCAUCCGCGCUGAGGAGCUCAAGAAGCAGCUGGAGGAGCUUAAGACCGGUGUCAAGGGUCUCGACAUGAGCGAGUUUGAUACUGAGGAGUUGGAUGCCAACCGUCUACGUGCUAUCAAGCUGGCUCAUCUUGAGAAGGAGAAGAACGAGCUCAACGACCGUGUGCGCACCACUGCCAAGCGUAUUGACCACUUGGAGCGUGCCUUCCGUCGCGAGGAGAUUAAGCACGUCCCCGCCGACUACGAGGCUCAGAGGAAGCACGACCUGGAGCUCUACGAGGCCCAAAAGGCCGAGACCCUUCAGGAGGCCAAGCAAAAGCACACCGAGGCCGUCGCCCUGAAGCACCGUCUAGGCCGUCUCGUGCCCCAGUUUUCCAGCUUCCGCAAGGAGCUGUCCGAGAAGCGCCACGAGGAAUUCGAGAAGCGCCGCAAGGCCGCCGAGCGAGAAUUCGAGGCCAAGAAGAAGCAGCGUGUCAAGGAAGUCCAGGAGCGCCGCCGCCGCGAGAAGCAGGAGCGCGAGGAGGAGGAGCGCCGCCUCAAGGAGGAGGAAGAGCGUGCCGCUCGCGAGGAAGAGGAGCGUGUUGCCCGCGAGGAGGAGCGUCGUCGUGCUAUGGCCGAGGAGAAGGCCAAGCGCGAGGAGGAGCGAGCCAAACUCGACGAGAUGGCUAUCAAGCAGAAGCAGCGCGAGGAAGAGGCAGAAGCCCGCCGUGCGUCCCGCAAGACUGGUGGUGGCUUCGCUGCCGAGCCUACCCCUGCAGCCACCUCCGAGCGUACCGCACCCCGUCUCAAUCUCGCUUCCCGCCCUGUUGCUGCUACUGCUGGUGGUGGUGGCUGGAGAGACCGUCUGGCUGCCAAGGAGGUCUCUGGCGGUGCAGCCCCCGAGCCCGCUCGGGAAGAGCCCGCUCCCCGCAAGGGUGGAUACGUGCCUCCUCAUCUGCGCGGCGCUGCCUCUGGCUCCGCCCCGCCUGCCCGUGCGCCUAUCCGUGAGCCUACCCGUGAGCCUGCCCGUGAGUUUGCCCGUGAGCCUACCCGUGAGCCUGCCCGUGAGUUUGCCCGUGAGCCUACCCGUGAGCCUGCCCGUGAGUUUACUCGUGAGCCUGUUCGUGAAUUUACUCGUGAGCCUGCCCGUGAGAAUGGCCCUACCGACCGCUUCGUCCCCCGCCACCUCCGCGACCCGUCCUCGUCUACGCCCGAUGCUCCCCCCGCCGCCAAGUCUGAGGAGCCCAAGCCCAGCAGCGGCGGUAAAUGGGUGCCCCGUUGGAAGCAGCAGCAGUCUUAA